AUGCUGGGACAAAGCAUCCAGAGGUUCACAACCUCUGUGGUCCAUAGGAGCCACUAUGAGGAGGGUCCAGGGAAGAAUUUACCAUUUUCAGUAGAAAACAAGUGGCGGUUACUAGCUGUGAUGACUUUGUACUUUCGGUCUGGAUUUGCUGCACCUUUCUUUAUAGUAAGACACCAACUGCUUAAAAAAUAA